CCGGCCUGACUGGUUUACACAGAAGUAAGUGAUAAUGCCUCCUCCGUGCAUGUGCUCUCACAAUUUCAUUCCUUGAGACUCAUCAAUUCAGAAAAGGACGACUGAUAUUCUACACUGACAUCUGGUGAUAAUGACGAAAUAAACUAUCUUCUCAUCACUCAACUUCCACAAACUGUCAAAAACAAACAAACAACUUUUGCACAGUCAAAAAGUUCAAAAAGUGACUUCUUCUCCAGACGCCUGCCCAGCCUGAAACUCAAAAGACGUUCCACCCCUCGCCCCUUGUUUGCUUUAUCAAAUGCCCAAAAACAGCAAGGCCGUCAAGAGAGAGCUUGACGACGAUGUCACAGAGUCUGUCAAAGACCUGCUUUCCAACGAGGACGGCCGUGACAAUACCUUCAAGAAGACCUCGCUGAUCAUCAACAACCAUGAGGGGGAAGGGAAGGAGUGCGACGUGGAGGAAGGGGGGUCGGACGGAGAGGAGGAGGAGGAGCGCCCGGCCUGGAACAGCAAGCUGCAGUACAUCCUGGCCCAGGUGGGCUUCUCCGUAGGCCUGGGCAACGUCUGGAGGUUCCCCUACUUGUGCCAGAAGAACGGAGGGGGAGCGUACCUGGUGCCGUACCUGAUCCUUCUGAUCCUGAUCGGCAUCCCGCUCUUCUUCCUGGAGCUGGCGGUGGGGCAGCGGAUCCGCAGGGGCAGCAUCGGGGUCUGGAACUACAUCAGCCCUCGCCUGGGGGGCAUCGGCUUCGCCAGCUGCAUGGUUUGCUUCUUCGUGGCUCUCUACUACAACGUCAUCAUCAGCUGGAGUCUCUUCUACUUCUCUCAGUCCUUCCAGCAGCCGCUGCCGUGGCACGAGUGUCCGCUGGUCAAGAACAAGACCAUGACAUAUGUGGUGCCAGAGUGUGAAAAGAGCUCGGCCACCACGUACUACUGGUACCGCGAGGCCCUGAACAUCUCCGACAACAUCUCUGAGGGCGGAGGUCUGAACUGGAGGAUGACUCUGUGCCUGCUGGCUGCCUGGACCAUGGUCUGCCUCGCCAUGAUAAAGGGAAUCCAGUCUUCUGGGAAGGUGAUGUACUUCAGCUCUUUGUUCCCGUACGUGGUGCUGAUCUGCUUCCUGGUGCGGGCUCUGCUCCUGAAGGGCUCCAUCGACGGGAUCCGACACAUGUUCACACCAAAGCUGGAGAUCAUGUUGGAGCCCAAAGUGUGGCGCGAGGCGGCCACGCAGGUCUUCUUCGCUCUGGGCCUCGGCUUCGGAGGCGUCAUCGCCUUCUCCAGCUACAACAAGCGGGACAACAACUGCCACUUCGACGCCGUCUUGGUGUCUUUUAUCAACUUCUUCACCUCCGUGCUGGCCACCCUGGUGGUUUUUGCCGUGCUGGGCUUUAAAGCCAACAUAAUGAACGGCAAAUGCAUCUCACUAAACACCCAAAGGAUUGUGUCGUUGUUGGGGAACGGGAUUGAACACAGCCUGAUCCCUCACCACAUCAACCUGACUCAGGGCAGCGAGGUGAGCAGCGAGGACUACGAUCAGAUGAUGGAGAUCAUCAAGAAGGUGAAGGAGGACCAGUUCGACUCGCUGGGUCUGGAGGCCUGCAGCAUCGAGGGCGAGCUCAAUAAGGCGGUCCAAGGAACAGGUUUGGCCUUCAUCGCCUUCACGGAGGCCAUGACACAUUUCCCCGCCUCGCCCUUCUGGUCCGUCAUGUUCUUCCUGAUGCUGGUGAACCUCGGGCUGGGCAGCAUGUUCGGCACCAUCGAAGGCAUCCUCACCCCGCUGAUAGACACCUUCAAAGUCCGCAAGGAAUUUCUUACAGUGGGGUGCUGCGUGCUGGCCUUCUCCAUCGGCCUCCUGUUCGUUCAGCGCUCAGGGAACUACUUUGUGGCGAUGUUCGACGACUACUCUGCUACUCUGCCUCUGCUCAUCGUCGUCGUGCUGGAGAACGUGGCCGUCGCCUGGGUCUACGGGAUCGAUAAAUUCUUUGAAGACCUGAAGGAGAUGCUGGGCUUCACGCCGUACCGCUUCUACUACUACAUGUGGAAGUACAUCACGCCCACCCUGCUGAUAUUGCUGCUGUGCACCAGCUUCAUCCAGCUGGCCAUGAAGCCGCCCGUCUACAGCGCCUGGAUCCAGGAAGAGGCCAAAGAGCAGGAGGUGUUCUUCCCCCCGUGGGGCGUGGUGGUGUGCAUCUCCCUGGUGGUGAUGGCCAUCAUGCCGGUGCCCGUGGUCUUCGCCCUGCGCUACUUCAACAUCAUCGACGACAGCAGCGGGGGCAUCUCCACUGUCGCCUACAAGAAGGGGCGCAUCAUCAAGGAGACGGCGCGGCCGGGCGAGGACGACGACGCCAGCCUGAUCCAGGGGAAGUCCCCCAGCGAGGCGCCAUCGCCGAUGCCCGGAAACAGCAUCUACCGAAAGCAGAGCGGCGGAGGGACCGGAGGAAAUGAGGCGGACACCGCGCCCAACGGCCGCUACGGUAUUGGUUACUUGAUGGCCGACAUGCCGGACAUGCCCGAGUCGGACUUAUAGACUGACUCUAGUGACCCCCGCCCUCUCUCUCCACACUCUGCGUGCGUUUAGUUGGCCGUAUCAUAAAUGUAUAUUUCGCUUGUAAUGUAUAUUAUUUGUAGAUAUCGUAGCCCCUCUCUUAUUUGUCGUCUCUGAACCUUAUAUGACUGACUGUGCACCUUUUUAAAAAUUCAUAAAAAGGUUUGGGAAUAAGGUCCCAUUCCAAACCGACCCAUACACCCGACCCAUACCAGCUUUCACUCUGCGCGGUCACGUGGAGAGUCGGCCAUAUUAAGUGCAUUUACCAACCGAUGGGUUAAAAUAGUUCCUUAUAUUUUCUAGUAAACUGUAAAUGAAGACAUUUUAUAUUGUCAUAUACUGUAGAUGUUAACAACUUCAUGGUUGGUAAGCAGUGUUGGGUGUAACGCGUUACAAAAGUGCAGAGAAAGAUUGUGCAGCCUGGUGUUUACGUGAGGGAUAUUGUGCAGCGAGGCGGUCGGCAGUUGUUAUGCUAUACCACCUCGCCCUUCACUGGAUGUAUAGCUGCACUAAACUACAUUUUAGCAUUUAAAAUACCUAGCCAUUCUUUUGCAGUUAUUUUUGGUGAAAGUAACUCAAAAGUAAUAUAAAAGUAUUGUAACUCAUUACGUUUCAGAGACAGUAAUAUUGUAAUGUAACUUAUUACUUAAAAAAGACAGUAAUAUGUACUGUAUUACAUGUUGGAAGUAACUUGCCCAACACUGUUGGUAAGUACAGUAUGCCGGUGUCUAGUCUAGAAGACAGGGUGAGCAAGAUCCCUGAAGGUGCUCUUCUUUUAAACAGCUUCCUACUUAAUAAACCAACUAUUUGACUCACAAUAUGAAAUAAAAAAUGAUUUUAUGGAUUUAAAAAAGUGCUAUAUCUUCCGCUAAGAUAAAAUGGUUUGUCCCAAUGCGUAACAACGACUGGAACUGAGGCGCGAUUAUGGAAAGUUACGUAAUUUCCUUCUUUAGUCGGAAAGAGGUGAGCUUGUCGCUGUAUUUGCACACCUCCACCUCAAAAGAAGGAGCCAUAUUCAGCUGCGAGUGUGACUACAGACGGAGUUAACUCUUUCACGGAGGGGGAGUGUGUAGGGGUUGGUUUGGAAUAGGGCCUAAAUGUCAUCCUUGUCUAACCCAUUCGGCUGCGUCCCAAACUCAUCUCUGGCUCCCUCCUCUUGCAGAAGGGCAGUACAAGUGUAAGCAAUAAGGUGGGGGCUCCACCAGGCCUACUUGAAAACAAGAAUCUGCAAAGAGGAGUGGGUUUAGAGGUCAAGAGGUCAUGUUGGGACUGCACCUGUGUCUGUGGGCAGUGUACAUCCAUCCUGCUUUAUGUCCUACUGUAUAAAAAGUGGUUGUGUAUAUUAGGAUCCAUAACUGAUAGCCAACCAGUCGUGAGUUUAGUAGCAGUUUAACGAUGCAAGAUGUUUCAGGUGAGGUCAUCUCAGUUCAAACAGCGAGGGGACGGCCUCUGAAAACCACUGAGACAGAAGUGUGCCUAAGUAGUUUAUAUUUGUUUAUAGAAUACAUGAUGGCUGUUGUAUAUUUAAGGUAUUCUGUAAAAUAAUAUAAAUAUUAUAAAUAUAUUUAUCUUGAUAGUUUGGAUAUCAACACUGUGUUUUUAAGGUUCAGAAGUACUUCAAAUCCUUAACUCUCUCCGUGUCUUUGUUUUUUACUAAUGUGCUGUCCAUGUUUGUGAGGACCGAGUCCUCCGUGUAAAUAAUUUUUCCAUGAAAUGGCUUCAAAUGCAAUGUCUUUUUUUCCCCGUCAAAAUUAAAGAUCAAAUAUGGUCCAUAAAAUGAUA